ACCGAAUCUCGCUUCCUGGCAACAUGUCUGCCAGUUGGGGUUCUGCGCUCCAGACAAGGCUUUGUGACGAUUGCAAAGGAAUUCGCUUCCAUGAUAAGGCUUCCGGUGGUUUCGUGAGGUUGUCCAAGGAGGGCACGCCUACCCUGAAGUACAGAAAAAUCAGGGGUUUUCACGAGCCCCCUGAUGAACCAACACAGAACUAUUUUGUCACCCAGUUUUCCUCGGCUGGAGGAGUCGGCAGCAGUGGGGUACGCCUUCUGUGGCUUCCUCCGCUCUGCGGUCUUGCAAGCAGGUAUCGAAGAGCUAGAGAACCGAGGAGAGGUUGCUAAAUGCCUGUUAUGAAUGGGGUCCGCGCCGAGAUGGCGAGGUGAAAGGACGAGAAGGGCUUCACGCGUUGACGGCGGAACUUCGAGAUGCCAACGUCCAGGGAAUUGGUGUCCUUCGCUUUGACGUUUACUCUCGGAAUAUGGCCACAGCGAACUGGUUAGGUAUACACAACCGCCCUCUAGCGGAGGCGCUCGGCCCUGGAAACGUGCCAUUCAUCAAAGACACUGUCGAAUUCUGUGCGUCGGACUGUCAUACGCCGGCGGACAUCUCCUUCCUUCCCACCAGACUGCUCGAUGUUGGAGCAGAUUCCUCUUCACAUCCGCGCCUCAUCAAAACAGCAGAAUCCAUCACGGCGCCCAUCCAAUAUGCUACCCUCAUUUACUGCUGGGGGGACAAAGUCGAUGCUGCUGCUCAGACGAAGACAGAACUGUCCAACCCACCCGGGAGGCUGCGCGCUAUUCCCACGAGUAGCAUGUAAGCCGUCAUGCAAGACGCAGUCGCAGUCUGUGGGGCUCUUUCGGUCUGUUACCUCUGGAUGGAUACACUCUGUAUCAUCCAAGACCUAGCGGAUUUAAGCAACUGGGAAAGAGAGAGCGAGCAGAUUGGCCAGGUCUUCCAGAACGCCUACUUUCCCAUCUGCACUGUGCCCAUGACCAACUGCCACCAAAAUUUCCUCGAUCGCCGCCAGCACGCGUUCGAUUUUGACAUCCAGUCCUCGCUCCACCCGCUCGCCAGGAGCGCAUUCACCUUGCUUUACACCGGCCUCCCUGAUGACCAUUGGGAUCUCGACUCCCCUGCCAUCGAUCUCCAAAAUUCGCU